AAUAGUCUUUGGUAAAUUAUAGGGGUUUCACUAGUUUUUUUGUGUGGGCAUAGGAUAACAUAGUUCUCCAUCUAAACACAAGAAUUUCUCGUAAGCUAAUCUCGAAGUUAUUUAUCUCUCUCUCUUCUCUGUAAGUCUUUGAGCUUGGGCGUGUCUCUGACGGUCAGCAGUGGUCCGACCUGAUAGAAGCUUGUUCACCACGGAAAAUAAGGCCAAUUCCAAAUCCUCUAUCAUCAAUUCCUCUGUUUGGAAAUCAAAGACUUACCCCUUUCCACACUCCCAAAGACUUUGAGGAGCUUUUCCAUUACUUUAUUUUUAUUUUUAUUUUUCAACAUUUUUGCCAGCACCUUCCUUUGCCUUCUUCACCCAUUUCAUGAAAACCAAACACACCAACAAAUCCAUUGCCUUUUUCUGUCUCUCUCUCUCUCUCUCUCGGAUCUCUCUGAGGUUUCACUUCUGUUUUGUUCAGAUGGUGUUUGGAGUUCAAUAAGUUCAAAGUUUGAGACUUUUUUGUUGGAACUGGAAACCCUGUUGUUUGUGUUGGACAAAGAUGUCUUCUGAAUUGACAACAAAAGUUCGACUGGUUCGAUGUCCGGAAUGCCGGCAGCUUCUUGCGGAGUUGCCCGAAACUCCGGUCUACAAGUGUGGCGGAUGUGGCGUCACUCUCCAAGCGAAAAGUCGAAUAAAUGGGCUGAGAAGCAAGAGCGCUAGCGUAAACGACACUGAGGCAGCUCAUAGGAUUGGUUUGGAUCGCGCUUCUGAAGAUGGAAAAUCCAGAAGCUCAGGUCGUAAUGCAGCUCUUCCCGAAUCCGGAGAAUGCUUUUCAGACCAAGACAAUGAGCGGGAUCAGAUUAUGUCUUCCGAAGUCAAUGAGUCUGGAAAUUGGUUUUAUGAUGUGUUGUUUUUGUAUGGUAGAAGUUUUUGUUUAGGGUCAUAUGGUCAAAUCAGUACUUAUUAGAGAGUCUGCCAGUUAACAAAGGAAAAUAAUAGCCCCUCAUUAUUAUGGUACGAUGAUAUUCUUUUUUAUUUGGAAGUGAAAUGUUUUAAGUUCGAAUUUUAUGGAUGGCGAAUUCGAUACCAAAUUAGGUUGCAUUGUGUGGU